AUGAUUAGUAUAUUUCGUCCUUUUAAAGCAGAGCCUGCUUUCAAUGUAAAUUACAAUGGAAUAGGAAGUACUCCAGUUUUACCAUUUCAUCACACGAUAGAGAAUCUCACUAGAGAUGUUGAUGUGAAACCAUUGCAUUCCCACAACGAUUAUUGGAGAAGAGAACCUUUGUUCGACGCAUUGAAAGUAGGCUGUCAAAGUAUAGAGAGUGACGUAUGGUACUUUCCUUCAAAUUAUAAAGUCGAACGUACUAUAACGGAGACUACUUCCAAAGGAGAAAGAAGUACAAGGCAAGAGGUCAAUCAAUUUAAAAACAAUGAGGUUUAUGUUGGUCACAACCAAAUUUAUUUGGAACCAAUUAAUACUUUAUUCAAUUUAUAUUUGAAUCCCUUGUACUCUUUCUUGGAGUAUUCAAAUCCUGAAUUUACUGUUAUUAAAGACGGAUCUAACGCUUUAAUAGAUACUACUGAUUCUAAACACGGAAUCUUCUAUAAUUCGCCAGAGACUCCGUUGUAUUUUUGGAUGGAUAUUAAAACUGAGCCGUCUUCCACUUACAAGGCUAUAAAAGACUUGUUGGAGCCUUUUAUAAAGCAAGAAUUCUUAGCUAGUUAUGAUCGAGGUAAUGAUGAACAUACUAGUGGUCCUAUAAUAUUGACGCUUACUGGAAAUUUGCCCACCAGUGACAUUGAGGAAGAAGAAGUAAGAUAUGCGUACCUUGAUGCACCCCUUUAUAAGUUUACUGCUGAUACUUCUAAGGAUGAGUUAGAAAAGAUCAGCAAACUAUCAAGAGUUGCAAGUGCUUCACUUGAACAAUUGAUAGGUGCAGAAGGAGUAAAGUUAGUACAGGCUGAAGACUUUAAUGCAGAACAAAGAGAAAAGCUAUCCAAUUACUUCGAUUUUGCUCAUCAAUAUGGGUUGAAGACUAGGAUUUGGGGUGGCAUAGACUGGCCGAGGUAUAUCAGUGAAAAGCACACUAAGUCACUCUACGAGCUUGGUUGUGAUUUUUUGAACGUCGACGAUGUGAAACAUGCAAGUUUAAUCUAG